ACUUGGUUUCGAGAAAAAUGUUCAACAGUAUUUUCUUCUUUGAUUUUCCAGCCUUGUAAAACUACAAAAUGACUACAAUGAAAGGACUUCUCCUUGGAGUCUCCUUGUCUGUUAUGAUAGGUUGCUGUGUUUCUCAGGGGUUUGGCGGACACAGAGGCUAUGGCAUGUAUGGAGGGUUUGGAGGAGGAGGACACAACCCAGGCGCCCGCUUCAGUCAGUACUGUUAUAUAUAUCAAAAAGAGAGGUGGGAUGAAGGGCAUGGCAGGUGCUAUUGGAAGGUCCUGAAAGAGGUAUUCGACAAGGUGAAAGAUUUCAGCCGCCACGAUCGACAUGCAUUUCGGGAACUCUACGGGAUAUCUCGAAGCGGCCUGUUGUGCUUCGUCGGCGGUCACCUAGAGGCGAACCAAAUAAUUCCAAUCCAUGAUCCUUGCCAGGGCUUCGAUGCUGCUUGCAGUGGUCGAACAGUUGAUUAUUGUUCAACUCUACGAGCCCGAGCCAGGCCACGACCUCCAGCUGCUCCUGCACCCACCCCGCGACCACAACCUCCUGCAACACCUCGUGGCCGUGGUAUAUAAAACUCGUGUCGGAGAUAUACACAUUCGUUCAACUUAACUUAAUAUUAUGCAUGUAGAAAAUGUUGAAGUCCGAUUCCCUAACAUGCUUUAAUGCAGUUGAAAAAGAUCACAGAACAGUCAAGGUAGCCUCUCUUCCGUUAACGCGGUCUUCACGAAAAUGGAAGGGAUUACUAUGAUGGGAGUAAACGAUAUAACGCCUGGACAUACGUUAAACAGGCAUAUGGUGGCAAAUUGUUCAGAUGUGGCAUUCCCUUACAGAUAAAUGGCUGUUUUCGCUGCACGACGCACGACGUUUUCAAGAACAUAUAAAAUUAUUGCCAAAUGUCUUUCAUGACAAUGAAUAAACCAAGAAGUCUUUGUCGAAAAGUUGCGAAUCAAAACGGCAGUUUCGUCCUGGAUUCUGGACAAACGACAAAAUAUUUGCAAUUUUUUGUCAGCUCCAAAACUUAGGACGAAACUGUUCUUCCGGGUCACCAAUGUUCACUCAACAAAGGCUUCCCAGCUGUUCAUUGUCACUUGACGCGCAUUCCCAAUACAUUUACUAUGUUCUUGAAUACGUCAUGUGUCGUGGAGGCGAAAGCAUCCUAUCUCGUGGAGGCGAAAGCAUCCUAUCAACGAAUUUAUAAACAAUGGGAUGUGUUCUACAUUCCCAAGAAAACACAUUCUUGUAUGCCAUUCAUGCACAUCAAUUCUUACUGGAUUUUUACAUUUAAAACCCAGAUUAGAUUAUCGACAUCGUAGUGUUUUAAUGAAAGAGCUUUAACACUUUCCACAGCAAGCUUACUUAUUUCCAAUCUUAAGAGCUUCUCCAUUGAGGGAAACGAGGGAGAAUUUACGUUUAGAAUGAUGUUUAUACCUGUCUUAGUUUAUUAUUUUUUGUUUAUACAAUAAAUUGAAAAAGUGUGAUGU